AUGGACAAUAUUGUCAAUAGUUAUGAUAUAAACAAUAACAGACUAUUUUAUUUAUUAAUAAAAAACAAAACUAUAUUUAAAAUUAUUUUAAAAUUUUUAAAAUUACUGAAUUUCAAAAAUUUAUUAAAAAAAUAUUAUGAUCAAUAUUCAAAUUUUUAUUGGUGCAAUGAUAAAUAUUUCACAAGUUCAAUUAUUAUAAAAACUGAUUAUAAGGAUAUAGCAGAGCUUCCAAGGUUUUUAGAGUGUUUGCCAGAGAAUGUUUCUAGUUUAUCUUUUGAUUCCGGAAUUGUAGAAAUUAAUGUAAAAGAACUAAAUAUACCAGAAACAUUAAAACAUCUGGAUCUAGACAAGAUAUGUAUUGUUACAGAUGGAUUUUCAGAUGUUCAAGAAGAGGUACAAGAGAUUGAGAAGUAUGCAAAGGUUUUCAACAGUUUAAAAAAGUUUAAAAUACCAGGCAAUAUUAAAAUUAAAGCGUUACCAUCAUUUCAAUCAUUGACAUCACUUGAUGUGGGUAAUACUUUUUCAAAAAAGCUAGAGGCCAGCUAUCUACCACCAAAUUUGGAGAGCCUAAGACUUGGUAAAGCGUAUUUGCAUAAGAUCGAAAAGGGGGUCUUACCAGGAUCACUAAAAUCAUUGAUAAUAGCAUCUAACUAUGACCACCCAGCCAUGGAGUUACCCGAAAACCUGAAGAUUCUCCACUUUGAAAAGGGUUCUAAAAAUAUCUCAGUAUCAAUAUUAAAAUGUGUUCCAAACAGUGUUACAAAUCUCUAUUUAUGUGGAGAUUUCAAAGAGCCGGUGGAGUCAUUUUCAAAUAUUUUACCAGAAUCAUUGAAGAGAUUAAAAGCUCUAAUCCUAGUCAACAAAAAUUGCUUCAAAUCAAAGUCAAAAAUUUUAAGUCUUUUUAAUCCACCUAUUGUUAAUUAUGUUCAAGGCUUUCCUAUUGGUUUGGUAUAUCUAGAUUUGUUCUCUGCCAAUAGUAUUAUUGGUUUUCAAAAUCUAAAUCCAAACUAUUUCCCUCAAACUUUAAAAACCCUCAAAAUUGGUGAUUUUUUUAUGGACCAAUUUAAAAAAGGUUGUGGUUUACCAGCAAGUCUCACAAGUAUCGAAGGCCCAUUAAAAAUAGUAGCAUAUCCAUUUAACAAUCCAGGAAACAUUGAAACUUUAAAGCUCCAUUUCCAUUUGCUUUUUGUAGAGGGUUCUUUUUUAUCUAAUAAAUUUCCAAAUGUGAAAUCAAUGAAAACUUAUUGUUAUAUGGACUCUCAAUUUAAAUUCAAUCCACCAGAGACUAUAAAUAAUUUAGAAAUGAUAUCAUAUUCAACCAAUAUAUCCAAUAAUAAUAUAAUUAAUUUUGCUCCAAAUAAUAAUAUUAAAUCAUUAAAGUUAGAAAGUAUUCAAACCUAUUCCAUUAUAAAAGAGAUUUCUCUUGACAAAUCAAUAUGCCCAUUUCCUUCAACUUGUUUAUUACUAGAUUUGGAUUUCAACAAUUCAAUUUACACUUCUGAAAAUCCAACUACAAUUUCAACAGAGAAUUUACCAGAGUCACUCAAAGUAUUGGUUCUUAGAGGCACUUUUACACCAAAACCUUUACCACCUUUCAACAAUAACUUGGAAUGUAUUUUUAUUUCAGAUCAAAACAAAUCAAUUUUGAACGAUACAGUUUUAAUGAAUGAAAUUUCCAAAUUCAUUAUAACAUACAAUGACAUUGAAGAUAGAAAAACAAAUAAAUAUUCAAAUUCAGUAUUAUAUCGAAAAUUAAAAAAAUAUAUAAAUAAUGUUAAAUAA